AUGGACAACUUGGAAGAGUUUCAAAGUAAACUGACCCCUUGUUCAACAUCGUACCCCAACUUUAAAGAGGUAUUCCAAUGUUCACCCUUCUCCUCCAGAAUUCUUGAAAACAUUCUGUCCCGGAUCAGUAGCUCCAACGGGACCGCGUUUCGACUUCAACGCGCGAUGUUCCCUGAAGAGGGCCUCACCCGGGUUGCUCAAAUGAGACAACAGCUUGGCGAUGCUUUGAGCCUGCUCCAUUUGCCCGCUAGCCGUGAGCUACUUAUUCGAGUUCAGCCUCUGCUAAGCGGAUUGACCCAGGCCGCCUCAGUAACUCGCAGCCCAAUCAUCCGAAUCAAUAUUCGACCCGUUCGACUUUCAGCAGAAGCCUGCUCCAAGGACAACCAAACCAGCCCAGGCUGA